CGUUUCGUUGCUAGACGCUCUGACGCACACACAGCAAGAAAGCAAACACGCUUCAGUCGAUGGGAAGCGCAGAACUUUUUUGGCGAAGUCUUUAAAUUGAAAAAUAGAGAUUUGAACCUGGUCUCCAAAGCACCUGUCUGACCCAUGUUUUGACUGCCGAACGGUUUCUGAGUCUGAACAUCCAAAGGAUGGAACCGAUCUAGAACAGUGGUGUUUCCCCUAGAAUAACGUAAAUAUAGCUAUUAUCAUUAAAUACUAAAUUUUUAAAUUAAAGUGAGAUGUUUUCAAUUUCAUCAGAUGCGCAUUUUUUUAUUUUAUUAGGCAAGUCAGUUAAAGAACAAAUUCAUAUUUUCAAUAACGGUCUAGAAACAGUGGGUUAAGAGCCUUGUUCAGGGGAAGAAGAAAGAUUUGUCAACUCGGGGAUUCGAUCUACAACCUUUCGGUUUCUAGUGCAAUGUUCUAACCACUAGGCUACCUGCCGCCCAAUGCAAUGCUUGUGCAUUAAUAGCCUUAUAGUGCAUCAAGAAAAACGGAACUCACAAUUCUAUUGGAAACACAGCUCGUGGAGUUACACUCAAGAAUGUCACACAGCUCCUACACCAGGAUGUGGGUCCAGGCCCAUGGAGCCUUGGAGGACCUCCUGGUGGAUGAGCACCCUCCCACUGCCCCUCGGCCGCUGAAGGACCGGCUGCAAGUCUUCCAGGGCCUGGCCACCUUCUACCUGAAGUACCUGCAGAUCUUCCGCAGCCUGGAGGCUGUCUAUGACCAGAUAGUUCACCCCCAGAAGAGACGCAUGGUCAGGCACGUGUUGGACGGCGUGAUGGGUAGAAUCCUGGAGCUCAAGAAUGAGAUGGUGGAGCUGGAGUUCUCAGAGUUCCACUACUUUGAUGAUGUGCUGCAGGACCUCAAGCUGACACCUGAGGACCUGGAGGUGCCCAUCCCUCAGUAUUUUGUGAGAGAGAAGAUGCGUGUGCUGCGGGACAGAGAGAAGAUGCUGGCUCAUGUCAUGGCUAAAGGGGGACACAUUGAACAGGUUGAGCAGGAGGUGUCGGUUCAGACCAUGUGUCUGGAGGAAGCUGUUCGGGUCCUUCAGGUUUGUGAGCGGGCACGGCAGGGUCGGCUCAGGCAUCGCUUCAUGAAGGAGAUACGGCAGGCUGAGGAAGAAGGGAGCCAGGCCAAGAGCCAAACACCCAUCAGCACCCUGGACCCCGACCAGGCUGCCACAUGCAUUCAGAAGGUUUGGCGGGGCUACAGUCAGAGGAAGAGGACCAGGAGAGAACGGCUGGAGGAGAUGAUAUUUCUGGGAAUGGUCCCUCCAGAGCAGCAGCAGCAGAGGCCCAGCGUGGCCCAGCUGAAGGCCCAGCAGGUGGAGACGACUCGCAGGCUGGUCCAGGAGGAGAAUGAGGCUGAGUACCAGAGGGCCCUGGUCAGCAUCAAGGAGUCUGUGCGUGCCGUGGACGGCCCUGACCUACGGGAAACCCUGCAGGAGCAGAUCAGACAGUGGUUUAUCGAGUGCCGAGAUGCCACUGGAAAGUUUCCUGACUUCCCCAAUGCUGAGGAUGGGGGAUCAACAGCCAUAUUUGCACAGAAGACACCUGACCAGGUAGCUGCAGAAUUAGCAGCGAAAGAGGAAGAGAAGGAGAAGAAGAGGAAAGACAACAUAAAUAAAGAUAAGAAGGGUGGGAAGGACCGCAAGGAUCAGAAGAAAGACAAGAAGCGGAGAAGCAAACAGAAGAAAGGAGGAAAAGAAGAAGGAGAGGAGGAGGAGAAGGGCUGGAAAACCCCGAGCAACUUCCUCCCUACUGUUGUGGAGGGAAACAAAAUGUACAAAGACGUGUGGCAGGGGCGUGAUGAAACACAGAACUUCCUGCAGCGGUUUGAUGCCCAGCUGGUGCGUGAGGAGAAGAGGUUGGAGGUGGAGGACGAGGUCAGAGUUCAGGUCGAUGAGCUGAUGAGACAGGAAGUGAAGAAUCUCAAGCUGGCUGUGGACCGAGAGAAAGGGAAGAAGAAGAAGAAGGGAAAGAAAGGUGGCAAGAAGAAAAAGAAGAAAGGAAAGAAGGGCAGUAAGAAGAAGAAGAAGAAAGAGAAGGAUCUGACUGCCGACAGAACCCUUGAGUCUCUGUAUGAAGAGCUGGUGCUGGAAGGCUUCUUGAUUAGACCCUUGAACAUCAAGCUCUCUGAGUACAUUGGUGAGUUCAGCUACCUGGGUACGACCCUGCGCCAGGCAGACAUUGAGCCCAUGCCCUCUUUGUCAGACGUCAGACAGCUCAUUGCCCUUUAUGGGAUCCUGCCUCUGGGUUCCCAGUCCGUCCAUCAGAAGGCUCCCCUGAUGAAGACUCUGCUGCUGGCUGGUCCUGGAGGCGUAGGGAAGAGAAUGCUGGUCCAUGCUCUGUGCACUGAGACCGGGGCCAACCUCUUCAACCUGUCCCCCAGAAACCUGGCUGGGAAGUACCCCGGCAGGAGCUGCCUCCAGUACCUACUGCACAUGGUCUUCAAGGUGGCUCGCCAGCUGCAGCCCUCUGUAAUAUGGAUCGGAGAUGCAGAGAAAACCUUUUAUAAGAAAGUCCCGAAGCUGGAGAAAGAGAUGGAGCCUAAGCGUCUGAAGAAGGACCUAGUAAAGGUGCUGAAGUCUGUGAAGCCUGAGGAUCGUGUUCUGGUCGUAGGGACGUCCCAGAGGCCCUUUGACGCAGACCUCAAGCCCUUCUGUAAAGUCUAUAGGAAGAUCAUCCUCAUCCCCAGACCUGACUAUGCCUCCAGACUGGUGCUGUGGAGGGAGCUGCUGUGUGGCGGCGGUGCUCGCCUCACCCCCAGCCUGGACCUGAGCUCCCUGGCCAAGGUGACAGACGGCUACACCCAGGGCCACAUCCUGCAGGCUGUGAGGCAGGUGCUGACCCCUCGCAGGCUGGCCCAGCAGACUACCAGACCACUGACCGCUGAAGAGUUCAUCCCUCCACUGGCCAGACAGGACCCCGUCUACAAAGAGGAGGAGGAGGCCUUUAAGAUGUGGUACGGCAGGACACCUUUGGGUAAGAAGAGGGCACGGGCGGCCAAGGCCAUCGAGGAGGAGGGAGAGUCGGGCAAGGACAAAGACAAGCGGGGCACUGGGAAGAAGACAGGGAAAGAAGAGAAAAGCAAGAAGAGAAAUAAGUAAAUGUCAAAUACAAGAGAUAGACGUCAUCAACAUUGGGGAGGUCUACAGAUAGGGACUUUCAGGGGAUGGGAUUUACAUUCCUACUUCUUAGAUAUGAUGGACGAUACAUUUACUACCAGUCUAUGACUGUAAAUGUCAUGACAACAGUAUAACGGUAACAGUCGAUCAUGUUAUGAUCAUAAUGACAAAAGUAGCUGUUUAUCUUGUAUGAGACCAGAUAUAAAGUAUGUAAAAUAAAUAAUUGUUAUCGCAGUGUAAAUAUUUAAGAUGGAAAUAAGUGUUCUUGAUUUGAGUCCAAAUGGAUCACAGCAGUAUAAUUUCAUGAGAUUCUAUUUAGGGGAUGUUUAUUUUCAGACUAUUUUGACCAUUAGAAGCUAAUUAGCCUUGUUGAUGAGCGCUGAGUUGUUUAAACUGGGGGCUCUGAGCUGCAGUGGGAGGGGGGGCGUACUGAGACUCACAACCCCCCCAAAAUACACCCAGUCGCAUCCGAGCCCCGGGCUCCCCUCUCUCCCCUUUCCUGAGACAAAUCAUCAUUAACCAUCCCCAGAACCACGAGACCGUGCAACGAUGGAGGGAUUCCUCUCAAAUGUUAGCUGCUAACCGUAAUGAUGAAAAAACACAGCAACGGUGCCUUGUAUUUCCUGUCCGUCUUCCUUUCUCUCUCUUCUUCUCUCUCUCUCUCUCUCUCUCUCCCUUUCCUCAGCCAUCGUUGGGUUUGCGUGGCUUCUGUGCCAUAGGAGUCUGUUAAUUAGCCUGUGUAAUUGUCAUUGUUGCCAGUUACAGCCAGGGGGCUUCAGGCAGAGAGGCACUGUGCAAUGUAGCAGCACCUUGUCCCAGGUCGCCCUGUGUUACUGUUUUACACCCAGUUAGCGCUAACAAGCCAGCCUGCCCUGCCAAGCGGCUGACCCACUUCCCGGCUCCAGCAAGCCUCUACUGGCUCCCCAAGGACCAACUACCCCCGUUCACUGGCCAUCUUUAAUCAAGUAUUAGUCAAUGGGAAACCAGAUCCCCAUUGUCCACCACAGCAUAACCCUAACCAUGCAUCUGUACCCCUCUUGUCUUUUGGGUGUCUGGGUCUACACACUCCACACUCUCUCUUGUCCCGGUCUUUAUUGUCAUCCUCUACCUUCCCUUUCUGUCUGUCUUUCUCUCACUGUCCCAUCCCAUCGCUCUCUUAUUUUCUCUCUUUAUCUCUCUCUUCUUCUUCUCCGUCCCAUCUCUCCUCCUGCCAGGUGGGUUUACAGAGCGUGACAAACACUGUCACCUUUCCUGCUCCUUGUAGCUUAAACCAACAUCUAAUUGAAUUAUUCAUGUGUGUGGACCACCGCCUUCUCACCCAAGAAAAGGCCCUUCAGCAGUCUUUUAUGUGACGACCAAGCUGUUUUUGACUCCAGUGGUGUUCCCUUUGGGAUAUAUUUACUGUAGUAUGACUGAGGUGAACCACGACGUGCAUUUAUCCAGAAUAACACAUUCACAGUGUCUUAAUGCACAGAUAAUUAGCAAAUGCGGAAAGACAGCAUUGUAUUUGGUUAAUUGCUCACAGUGUGAUGGUUACUAGCGUUGUUAUCAGCUGAUCUGUAUCUCAGACAGACUUAUUUUUUUGAUUUUGCCCAUCUUCUCCUCCUUCAUGCUUCAUUUCUUCAUUUCCAUAACACUGGAUUUCUCUCCGCAAUUUUGUGGCGAUGAUAAUGAAGCAUUAUUUAAUUAGAUUAAUCAUUCUUUAAUUUCUGUGUUUUGUGAUGACAGAGUCAAGGGUGAUUCAACCCUGUGGUCAUGGCAGUAAUAAAAUCAAGACCACUAUCGA